AUGAUCCUGGCAAACGCCUUCUGCAUCGUCCUCUUCGUCGACGAGAUCCUGCGCUCGCUGGCCGGGCCCCCAUCGCCCCCGGGGCCGGCCCCGCCGGGCUGGCGAGCGCCCGUGGACUGCGUGCGAGCCAACGAGCUGUGCGCGGGCGAGCCCGGCUGCAGCUCCCGCUACCGCACGCUGCGGCAGUGCCUGGCCGGGCGCGACAGGAACACCAUGCUGGCCAACAAGGAGUGCCAGGCGGCGCUGGAGGUGCUGCAGGAGAGCCCCCUGUACGACUGCCGCUGCAAGAGGGGCAUGAAAAAGGAGCUGCAGUGCCUUCAGAUCUACUGGAGCAUCCACCUGGGGCUGGCCGAAGGAGAGGAAUUUUACGAAGCCUCCCCGUACGAGCCGGUCACCUCUCGUCUCUCUGACAUAUUCAGACUCGCUUCAAUUUUCUCAGGAAUGGACCCGGCCACCACCUCCAAGAGCAACCACUGCCUGGACGCGGCCAAGGCCUGCAACCUCAACGACAACUGCAAGCGCCUGCGCUCGGGGUACAUCUCCACCUGCAGCCGGGAGCUGUCGCCCACCGAGCCCUGCAGCCGCCGCAAGUGCCACAAGGCGCUGCGCCAGUUCUUCGACCGCGUCCCCGGAGAGUUCACCUUCCGCCUGCUCUUCUGCUCCUGCAAGGACCCGGCCUGCGCCGAGCGCCGCCGCCAGACCAUCGUCCCCUCCUGCUCCUACGAGGACAAGGACAAGCCCAACUGCCUGGACCUGCGCGGGGCGUGCCGGGCGGAUCACCUGUGCAGAUCCCGGCUGGCCGAUUUCCACACCAACUGCCAGGCCACCUUCCAGUCCCUGACCAGCUGUCCCGGGGACAACUUCCAGGCGUGCCUGGGCUCCUACGCGGGGCUCAUCGGCUUUGACAUCACCCCCAACUACGUGGACGCCAGCACCACCAGCAUCACCAUCUCGCCCUGGUGCUCCUGCAAAGGCAGCGGGAAUAUGGAGGAGGAGUGCGAGAAAUUCCUGCGGGAUUUCACGGAAAAUCCCUGUCUCCGAAACGCCAUCCAAGCUUUCGGGAACGGGACCGACGUCAACCUGGCUCCCAAAAAUCCCAAUCCCGCCGUGACGGUGCUUCCGAAGACGGAGAAGAGCCCGGCGCUGCCGGACGACGUCAACGACAGCAACACCGCCUACGACGGCAGCGUCCUCAGCACCUGCUCCUCGCUCCAGGAACAAGGCCUGAAGCCCAACAAAUCCCAGGAGCAGAGCCUGUGCUACUCCGAGGCCCAGCUGACCACGGAUGUGAUGCCGGACCAGAAAACUUUCACGGAUCCCAAGGCGGGGAGCAGCCGGCACCGGGAGAUCCGGAUCCUGCUCCUCAUUCCCGUCCUGAUCCCGGCGCUGGGGCUAUAGAGGAGACGCUGGGAUCAGUGCCACCAGUGCCACCAGUGCCACCAGUGCUGCGCUUGUGCCGGGGACUGGAACGCUCCCAAAUCCCGGGAAUGCCGAGCUCCGGAGAGGCAGGAGGACGCUUCACCACGCUGGGAAACUUUGGUGGUUUUAUUCCUACUUUUCUUUCUUUUUCCUGGUUUUUAUUUUUUUUGUUUUUUUUUUUUUUUGGUCUCAUCCGGGUUGGUUUUCCGGAGCGGCUCCCGGGAAAAUGGGCCUGGAAUGGGGGUCUGGAGCUGCCGGCGGUGCCGGGGAGGGAGAAAAAAGUCGGAGGAAAGCUUUGGGAAAAGGUGAAUUUCAGGAUUCUUUGCACUGGGGUGGCCACGGGGACAAGCAGGAUUCCGCAUGGGAACAUCCCGGAGGAUGAAGGCGCCGUCGGGAUCCACCCGGAGGGGACUCCCGGAGCUCUUCCCGUUGGAUUUCGGGGGAUUUCGGUCGGGAUUUUUCCUCGGAGAGUUUCCGAAUGGAA